AAUAAUCCAAAUUAAUUAAUUGAUUGAAUGAUCGAUCAACGUGUUAUAUACCCAGAAUGUUCUUUUAGGGGUUUAGAGUGAGGUACGAAACCAUUCCCUGAAAAAGAAAGAGCGUUGGCAGGACUCAAACAGUUUAAACAAAAACAGGACGGGGGAAAUUGACAGGAACGAGAAGUUAUGAGGGUUGGGAUGUGAUGGAGGAACGCGAGGAUGGAGGUGGCUGGGGGCAGCGGGAUGCAAGGUUCCAAAUUCUAACAUUUCGUUCGAAUAUUAAUAUUAACAUUGAUUUUAAAAAGAAAAAAGAAAAUCACCCAUAAAUUGCGCUGGACCAUUGGGUUAUCAAGCUUGGGGUGGGAUGGGACGGAGAAACCGGAGAGAAAAGUUAGAAAUUUCGCUUGGCAUUCUCUAGAUCUCCGCCUCAAAGCUCUCCAGAGAUAUAAACAGAGGCAGGCUGGCUGGAAGAGAUCGACGUGUAUAUAGGAGCCGGGGAGGCAGAGGAGAUGGGGCGUAGCGAUUUUAAAUUCCCUUGAAGCUGGUCGCAUAAACAUGAACCUUAAAUUAAAAAAACAAAAACAAAUCAACAGCCCCUUAAAGAAAUCGGAGAAAAUACCCACUACAUUUCAACAACAACAAAACGAAAGGGUGUGUGUGAGAGAGAGAAGGAGGGAAGGAGGGAGGGAGGGAGAGAGGGAGAGAGACAGAGACUGUCUGUAAUGAACCGGAUCUAUCAGAAAUAUUGCACCAAUUCCGCAGCAAAGCAAUGGAGACACCAAUUAAUUUUAAUCACACUUUAAAACGAGUCAAUUGCUUUUAUGGAGGGGAGGGGGGAGCGCGGUUUCAGGCCAGUUCUAAGCCGCUCUCCCAUCCCCUCCUCCUCCUACAAAAGCUCUGCUUAAAUUAGACUCCCGUUAAAAGUAUGGGUGGGAGUGGGAGGGAGCGGGAGAUUUUGUCUCUGAUCGAGCGAAAGGUAACCAGGAUUAUUUUGACCAGAGCCACUGCACCUACUUCGAGGCACAACGUUUGGGAGAAGAGUGCAAUAAAAAGCCACCAUGUUGACGCGACUCUUCAGCGAGCCCAGCCUGAUCCCAGAAGUUCAGAAAUUCUCCAGCUGGGCAGACGACUGCGACGACGAGGACGACGACGACGACGAGGCCAGCGAUAAAGAUGAGCGGAAGGGCAAGAGCUGCCCUCUCCAGGACGAGCAGACCGACGGGGAGGCCAAAGACGACCACGACUUAGGGGGCGAGGAGGAGGAGGAAGAGGAAGAAGAAGAAGGGGUCGAGGAGGCGGAAGGGGAUCGCCCCAAGAAACGGGGCCCCAAAAAGAGGAAGAUGACCAAGGCCCGGCUGGAGCGCUCCAAGUUGAGGCGCCAAAAGGCCAAUGCCCGCGAGAGGAACCGCAUGCACGACCUGAACGCCGCCUUGGACAACCUCCGCAAGGUGGUGCCUUGCUACUCCAAGACUCAGAAGCUGUCUAAGAUCGAGACGCUGAGGCUGGCCAAGAACUACAUCUGGGCCCUGUCGGAGAUCUUGCGCUCGGGCAAGAGGCCGGACUUGGUGUCCUACGUGCAGACUUUGUGCAAAGGCUUGUCUCAGCCCACCACCAACUUGGUGGCGGGCUGCCUGCAGCUCAACUCGAGGAAUUUCCUGACCGAGCAAGGCCAGGAGGCCGGCAGGUACCACGGGCCCAACUCCACCUUUGCCAUGCACCCUUACACGUACCAGUGCUCGCGGCUCUCCGGCGCGCAGUGCGCUUCCAGCACCAUGGCUAGCUCCCACGCCCUGCGGACGCACGCCUACUGCGCCACCUACGAGUCGCUCUAUGGGAACGCGUCGCCAGACUACAAUAGCUCGGAAUACGAUGGGCCCCUGAGCCCUCCUUUGUGCGUGAACGGGAAUUUCUCCCUCAAGCAAGACUCUUCCCCAGACCACGAGAAAAACUACCACUAUUCUAUGCACUACUCCGCUCUCCCGAGUUCUCGCCCGUCCGGCCACAAUUUGGUGUUCGGGUCUUCUGGGAUGCGCAGCGGCGUCCACUCGGAGAACGUUUUGCCUUAUGAGAUGCACCUCCACCACGACAGAGGUCCCAUGUACGAGGAGCUCAAUGCUUUUUUCCAUAAUUAACGACUCCUCCCGCCUUUGGGCUCCCCUUCUGGUUCCACGCCUAACCAGGGCCACCUGUAGAUCUCCAGUGGGUUGCGUUCGCGAAAGGGAUAGGCGUGUGUGUGGUUCUGUGCGCGCGUGUGGGCGAUUUUAUUGGGGGGGGCAACGGUCCUUGGCCUUCUCGAAGCCCCUGCUCGCCUCUUCCCGAGAGCUGCAACUUUGCAUUCAACUGUGAGCCACUUUUCCCCGCAGUUAGAGAUAACUAAUCUAAAUAAUAAUAAUAAUAAUAAUAUUAACAACAACAAUAACACCCAUUCCCAUCCCUAAACUUAUUGAGCCGGGCGUACUUGUUUCAAAGCAGCGUGUGGAAGGCGGGUUCAGCCCGAUCUACAAUACACUUAGGCCGAAGCCACGGACUUGACUCACUUCGAAUCCGCUGGGAUUCGACGGGGUCGAUUCUGUUUGAAGUCAAUGGUCUUCGGCUUAAAUGAGGAGUCGACGGAGCUGAUGAAGCGCCCUGUUUCCUAUGGGACUCCUUACUUGACUGGGAGUUGGGGUGUAAACCGGAUCUGAGACCUGGUCUCCUCCUCUGCCCCAAUUACUAAUAAAAGAAAUCUGGUGCAAUAUAUGCUCUAAUGCAAUUUUAUAUAUAUGAGAAAGCAAACUAUAUAGCUUCGUGGACUGUUUAGCUGAGGUCUUGACUAUCUAGAAAGGAGGGUUUUAGAUCCAAAUCGGAAGUGCUAUUAAGGAAGGGGGGAAACAUCAAAUUUAUGGGGAGUGUGUGGGAGGGGGAGUCAAAGGCUCGCCCCACCUUAAGCGAUCGCCUAUAUUGAGCAAUGUUCAAUAUAGGCAUUUAAUCUAGAGACCAGAAUGGCUGUAGAGCGAAAUAAUUCAGUACAGGGCAGGAGAUGGGGGGGGAGAGAGGGGGGGCUUUCCGUCAUUCCAGCAAUUGAUUCAAGAAUUCCCCGAAAGUUUAAUCUAUUUAAGGACGUGUUUGUUUGUUUGUUUGUUUGUUUGUUUUUAAAAAAGACGUUUGCAAACUUUAAGUCAGACUUUCAAUGCAGUGAGAACUUUAAAAAAGCAAUAAAGGGGCAAACAGAUGAUAAAUAUAUUCUAUCUUUAUCUAUGCAAGUAGGUACUGAAACUAGGGAAAAAGUUUUUAAAAUGAAGGAAAAGGAAAACAAAAAGGAAAAAGGAAAAAAAACAACAACCAAGAAUCCAUAUGAGAUAUUAGAAAUAUGGACCAACAAACUCGCUGAGGUUUAAAAUCGAGCACUUUUUUGAUUUGGGGGAAACGGACUGUGGUAUGUUUCCCUGGUAUUUAACAAUCACUGACUUUUUGAAACCACCCUUGUAACCCCAAGUAACUUAUUUUCCAAAAUUCGUGUGUCAUGCUGUUUUUUACCUGUUUUAAAAACGUUAAUGAAAAAAAAGUGGAAAAAAAGAUUUUUAUGAAAUGACAAAAAUGUUUUGUUAUGCAUGGAUAGGAGGGGGAAACGCAAAUAUGCAAAAUUUAAAGGUGAUGUGAAAAAUAACACUGAUUAUUAUGCUUAAUUCUUACGUUGGCUAGUUUUUUCCCCUCCCAAUUAAUAGUAACUCUUAAUUUCUUUCUUUCUGUAAUGCGUUUUUUGGGGGGAGAAAUACGUUUAUGUAACAAUACACCAGUAUAUAAAUCUCUAUAUAAAAACCAACAUCUUCGAAAGACUCAAACUGGUAUAUUUUUCCCCCAACAGAGUAAUGAUUCAUUUCUCGUUCCUUUGAUGACUUGCUUUACAGCCAGGGGGAUAUGUCAAAAUAUUGUCUCAGAUUCCCAACCCCCAACCCCUUAUUUUAAUAUGGCCCUGCAUCACCUUUAAACAUACCAGCAUUUUUUUAAAAAAAUAAAU